UUGCCGGGCCUUUGUCGGACCUUAAGGCCGCUAACUCGCGAACGUCUGAGCCGAUUUUCCCGAUAAAAUCCGCCGUUCUCGAGUUUCUCGACCUACAAGUCUUCGUACAAAUCGCGUAGUCCGUACCCACCCUUAGAUCCACCCAAAAUUACCUUUAGUGUGUGGUGUUUGUAUCUGUGGUGUUUUUUUCUCUGUUGUUGCUAGUUUGCUAUGAGGACGUCUGCAUCAGGACGUCGAGAUUUUAUGUGCUUCAACAUAACCAAACGCUGAGCCCCGAUCUCCACCACCUGGCGUAGCCACGAAGAUGACGCUAUGAUCUCGACGUUGCUAGCCCUACCGUCGACCACGUCGUCCUUCCAUCCAACCUCCGCCCUCGACCUGAACUCCACCGCCGCCAAUUUCCUCUACCUGGCCACCACCGACGAUGAGCUCUUCUUCAACGGCACCUUCCCCAACGGCACCAACCUGACCUUCACCAGUUUCAAGACGCCCGUCUUCCCCACCUACCUCAGGGUCAUCUCCAUGGUGUUCUGCAUCAUCAUCAUGUGUCUGGGCGUCAUCGGCAACGUGAUGGUGCCCAUCGUCAUCUUCAAGACCAAGGACAUGAGGAACAGCACCAACAUCUUCUUGGUUAACCUGGCCGUGGCCGAUCUGAUGGUGCUGUUGGUGUGCACCCCUACAGUCUUGGUGGAGGUGAAUUCUGCCCUGGAGACGUGGGUGUUGGGGAAAGAGAUGUGCAAAGCUGUUCCAUUUGUAGAACUGACAGUGGCGCACGCUUCGGUCCUUACAAUUCUAGCUAUAAGUUUCGAAAGAUAUUACGCCAUAUGCAAGCCACUGAAGGCCAGUUAUAUCUGUACGAAAGCCAGGGCGUCUCUAAUAUGUCUACUUGCUUGGAUUAUUGCAGCUGUCUUCACCAGCCCUAUAAUCAUCAUAGCGGAGUUCAACCACCAGGAGUACCGUGGAGGGACAGUACCUGUAUGUCACACCAUGGCCAACUCUGUCUGGUCAACCGCGUACUUCCUAGGCAUCAUAACCUCAUUCUUCCUCAUACCCUUGAUAAUCCUCAUCGUUUUAUACUGUAUCAUCGCGAAGAACCUGAUGACCAACGCUGUUGCGUUAACUACAAAUAAACACAUCGAUAACUACUCGAUCAGAGCAAGGAAGCAGGUCAUACUGAUGCUGGGCUCUGUGGUGGCCAGCUUCUUCAUAUGCCUGAUACCUUUCAGGAUGUUCACCCUGUGGAUCAUCCUGGUACCACCAGAAAACAUGCUGCAUUUCGGCAUGGACAACUACUACAACCUCCUCUACUUCUGCAGGAUACUGGUGUACCUAAACUCCGCGAUGAACCCAGUUUUAUACAACCUGAUGAGCUCAAAAUUCCGAAAUGGUUUCAUGAUCUGCUCCAGGUCCAAGAGAAAGUUCAGAAGAGCCAGAAAUGGCACCUUCAGUACCACCAUGAACUCCUGCAGAAGCAGCACCUUGAGGAGCAGCAACGACUACAGGGUUUCUUACAGACCCUCGAGAACCAACUCCUUGCUGAUCAAGGGUAACAGUGAAUCUCCGGAAUCGCUGAAGAGUACAGACUCUCCCAGGAACUUCAGGGAGAAUACUCUCAAGAACGAUGGGAUUAGAUUGAAUGACGACUGCAUCGAUGAAGAAUGUGAGACUGACAAUUCUGAUUGCACCACCAGAAAGGACAGUUUGAAUCUCAAUGUCUUCACUGAAGAGGUGGUCAUAUACAAUGAGCCUCCUAAAAGGAGGAUUUUCCAACCUUUUGGAGAGAAUUCAGGUGGUGAAAUUCAAAGUAUUUAGCUAUGUUGUCGUAAGAGUGUUUUUGGAUCUUCUUAUUCUUCCAGGAAAGCUAUGUUGUGUUUGUUAACAUGCGUGUCUACGUCAUAAACUGUUUUGAAACGAGCUUCUUGACAGUGAUUAUCUAACCGCAAACUGCUGAAGGACCUCCAAUCAAGAUUGUGGUUGAUCCCUUAGGCUUAAGUAGGAUAUUGACUGAUGAGCCUUGAGGCCACUGUUAAUAAAAAUUAAGAAUUGAAGUAUAUAACUGAAAUAUUAUCCUUUAGCUCUGCUGACAGCCAUGUUUUUCCUAUUUAGUGGAUUUCACUGUAUUUAUGUUCGUCUGGUACCAAAGAUUUAAAUGUUAGUUGUAAUAAUAAAAUAGCAUUGUAA